AUGAUUGACAUUCAACAAAGGUGCAAUCUCAAAGUAAUUCAAGACAAUGAUUGGAAGGACACAGCACUAUAUCAAGCUGCACAAAAAGGUCACAUUGAUGUAGUUGAGGUGUUGGUGGAUAAGGGGGCUCAUGUUAAUGCUCAGGGAGGGAAAUACGGAAAUGCACUGCAAGUUGCAGCAUCUUACAAACACAUGCACAUUGUGAAAUUUCUAGUUCAAAAGGGGGCAAAGAUUAAUGCUGAGGGAGGAAUGUAUGGCAAUGCAUUGCAAGCAGUGUCACUAUGGGAUGAGUUAGAAACUGUUAUUCUUUUGGUAAAAAGAGGUGCAGAUGUGAAUGCACAAGGAGGGAGAUAUGGAAAUGCACUACAAGCAGCAUCAGCAAAAGGCAACUUGAAGAUUAUCAAAUUUUUGGCAGAACAGGGGGCAGAUGCCAAUAUCCAGGGGGGGAUUUAUGGCAAUCCAUUGCAAGCUGCAUCAUUGUCAGGAGACUUUGAGGUUGUAAAAUACUUUGUGGAAGGGGGGAUCAAUGUCAAUAUUCAUGGGGGCCAAUAUGGGAAUGCACUGCAAGCAGCAUCAUUGUCAGGAGACUUAGAAAUUGUCAAAUAUUUGGUGAAACAUGGUGCAAAUGUUAAUGCUCAAGGAGGUCAAUAUGGAAAUGCACUUCAAGCAGCAUCAUUUGAAGGUAACUCACAAGUUGUCAAAUUCCUU